AUGGAGCGUGGAGGUGGGCGCGUGCGGCAGCGCAGCGCUGUGCGCGGCGGCGAGCGCGCUGUCGCUGACGCCGCGGCUGCUGGACCGCGUCGCGCCGCCGCAGCGCUUCCGCCGCGGGUACAGCGGCGCCUUCAGUUCUGGGUGUUCGGCGAGUGGCGCGAGGUGGCGGUGGACGACCGCCUGCCCACGCGCGGCGGCCGCCCGCUGUACAGCCGCGGCGCGCUGCCCGGCGACUUCACGCUGCCGCUGCUCGAGAAGGCGUACGCCAAACAAGUAUGUGUAGACGUGUUUCUACGCAGACCGUUUUGUAACUUUGGCGGUGAUUUUGUAUUAUCUUCUGUAUUAUGGGGAGCAUACUAG